AUGUACGGACUUGGGAAGGCCAUAGCCGCUGUGGUAGCUAUCUGCAGCGUAGCAAGAGCGCACACGGUGAUCACGUAUCCAGGCUGGAGGGGCAACAAUUUACACACGAAUGGAACGGCACCAGAUCAAGAUCCGAACACAAUAGGGAUCAAUUACUUCUCAGACAAUGACACAUAUGCGUUUCCCUACGGCAUGCAGUGGAUGUAUCCAUGUGGAGGCAUGCCAAUGACGAGCAAUCGCACCAAAUGGCCAGUCGGCGGUGGAGCUAUAUCAGUACCACCUGGUUGGUUUCCAGGGCAUAGCAAAGCAUUCUUCUACGUCAACAUCGGAAUCCAGGAAGAAGGCAUGUUGGCGCCGCCAAACUACUCCCAUCCGGUUGUGCCAGUAUUCCAACUCACCGGACCAUCGAACGCACAAUAUCCAGGACAGUUCUGCUUGCCGCAAGUGCGCAUGCCAGUGAGCCUAUCUUUGGCCGAAGGCACAAACAUCACGAUACAGGUUGUGGAAGCAGCACAACACGGCGCAGCGCUCUACAGUUGCGUAGAUGUUACCCUUACGAAACCGGAAGAGGUCGAGCAAGUGACGCCGCAGAACUGCUACAACAGCUCGAACCUUGGCUUCAACCUCGUCUUCAGCACGCAAGCGCUCACUAACGGCGCAACAUCAUCAAUAGCAGGCCCAACCCCUCUGGUACUCUUCGCCGGAUUGGUAUUUAGCGCGCUGCUCACAUUGAUAUAA